GAAGGGGCGCGCGGCAGGCCCACGGGAGCCGCCUGGGGCGCACGGAGCCCCUGUGCCUUCCAGGACAGUCGCAUGCCCGGGAGCCGCAGCUGUGGGCGCCGGGAGCCCGGGAGGCGAACGGCGCGUGGGGCAGGGGUGGCGCGGAGCCGCGGGGACCCGGGCAACCAGAGAAGGAGCUAGAACCCGGCCGGGAUGAGAAGGUGACGCCGCCGGGGGGCGCCACUCGCUUUGUGGGGAAGAUGCUCGCCUACUGCGUGCAAGAUGCCACCGUGGUGGACGUGGAGAAGCGGAGGAGCCCCUCCAAGCACUAUGUAUAUAUUAUCAACGUGACCUGGUCCGACUCCACCUCCCAGACUAUCUACCGGAGGUACAGCAAGUUCUUUGACCUGCAGAUGCAGCUUCUGGAUAAAUUUCCUAUUGAAGGUGGCCAGAAGGAUCCCAAGCAAAGGAUCAUCCCCUUCCUCCCAGGUAAGAUCCUCUUCCGGAGAAGCCACAUCCGGGACGUGGCCGUGAAGAGGCUGAAGCCCAUCGAUGAGUACUGCAGGGCACUUGUCCGGCUGCCUCCCCACAUUUCACAGUGUGAUGAAGUCUUUCGGUUCUUUGAGGCGCGGCCUGAGGAUGUCAACCCCCCAAAAGAAGAUUAUGGCAGUUCCAAGAGGAAAUCAGUGUGGCUAACCAGCUGGACUGAGUCUCCCAAGAAGGACGUGACAGGUGCCGACACCAACGCCGAGCCCAUGAUCCUGGAACAGUACGUGGUGGUGUCCAACUAUAAGAAACAAGAGAACUCGGAGCUGAGUCUCCAGGCCGGGGAGGUGGUCGAUGUCAUCGAGAAGAACGAAAGUGGCUGGUGGUUUGUGAGCACAUCUGAAGAACAGGGUUGGGUCCCUGCCACCUACUUGGAGGCCCAGAAUGGCACACGAGAUGACUCAGACAUCAACCCCUCCAAGACUGGAGAAGUGUCCAAGAGACGCAAAGCCCACCUGCGGCGCCUGGAUCGCCGGUGGACCCUGGGCGGGAUGGUCAACAGGCAGCAGAGUCGAGAAGAGAAGUACGUCACUGUGCAGCCCUACACUAGCCAAAGCAAGGACGAGAUUGGCUUCGAGAAGGGCGUCACCGUGGAGGUGAUUCGGAAGAACCUGGAAGGCUGGUGGUACAUCAGAUAUCUAGGCAAAGAGGGCUGGGCACCAGCGUCCUAUCUGAAGAAGGCCAAGGAUGACCUGCCAAGCCGGAAGAAGAACCUGGCGGGUCCAGUGGAGAUCAUCGGGAAUAUCAUGGAGAUAAGCAACCUACUCAACAAGAAGGCAUCUGGGGAGAAGGAGGGUCCAGCUGAGGGCGAGGGGUCUGAAGCCCCCAUCACCAAGAAGGAGAUCAGUCUCCCCAUCCUCUGCAAUGCCUCCAAUGGCAGCGCCUUGGGUGUCCCCGAGAGGACCACAUCAAAGCUGUCCCAGGGUUCCCCAGCCGUGGCCAGGAUCGCCCCUCAGAGGGCUCAGAUCAGCUCCCCAAACCUGAGGACAAGGCCGCCCCCGCGCAGAGAAUCCAGCCUGGGGUUCCAGCUGCCAAAGCCACCAGAGCCCCCUUCUGUUGAGGUGGAGUACUACACCAUUGCUGAAUUCCAGUCUUGUAUUUCUGACGGCAUCAGCUUUCGGGGCGGACAGAAGGCCGAGGUCAUCGAUAAGAACUCAGGUGGCUGGUGGUAUGUGCAGAUUGGGGAGAAGGAAGGCUGGGCUCCUGCCUCAUACAUUGAUAAGCGCAAGAAGCCCAACCUGAGCCGCAGAACCAGCACUUUGACCCGGCCCAAGGUGCCCCCACCGGCACCCCCCAGCAAGCCUAAGGAGGCCGAGGAGAAUCCUGUGGGUGCCUGUGAGAGCCAGGACUCCCCGCUGAAGCUUAAGUAUGAGGAACCUGAGUAUGACAUCCCUGCCUUUGGCUCUGACUCAGAGCCUGAGCUGAGUGAGGAGCCCACAGAGGACAGGGGCUCAGGUGACAGGCGGCCUGCCCAGCCCCGAAGGCCCUCACCCGCCUCCUCCCUGCAGCGGGCCCGCUUCAAGGUGGGCGAAUCUUCUGAGGAUGUGGCCCUUGAAGAGGAGACUAUCUAUGAGAAUGAGGGCUUCAGGCCUUACAUGGAAGAUGCAUUGUCUGUCAGAGGCUCCUCUGGGGAUAGCGACUCUCCUGGGAACUCCUCGCUGUCUCUUGCCAUGAAAAAUUCCCCCAAAUCAGGGUCUCCCAAAUCAUCAUCACUCCUAAAGCUCAAGGCAGAGAAGAAUGCCCAGGCAGAGCUGGGGAAAAACCAGUCCAAUGUCUCCUUCUCGUCCUCCAUCGCCAUCAACACCACCUGUUCCUCCUCCUCCUCCUCCUCUUCCUCCUUGUCCAAGAGCAGUGGUGACACGAAGCCGCGCUCUGCCUCAGAUGCAGGCAUCCGUGGUACCCCCAAGGUCGGGACCAAGAAAGAGGCCGAUGUGAAAGCUGGGCUGGCCUCCUGUGCUCGAGCCAAGCCAUCGGUCCGACCAAAGCCAGUCCUGAACCGAGCCGAGUCUCAAAGCCAAGAAAAGAUGGACAUUCGCUCCUUACGGCGCCAGCUGAGGCCCACAGGCCAGCUGCGGGGAGGCCUCAAGGGCUCUAGGAGUGAGGACUCAGAGCUGCCUCCCCAGACGGCCUCUGAGGGGUCCAGGAGAGGCUCUGCUGACAUCACUGCCCUCCCGGCCACCACUCCCCCAUGUGCUCCCAGGAAGGGAUGGGAAGGGCAGGGCACUGUUUAUGUGACAUGCAGCGCCUAUCAGAAGGUCCAGGACUCCGAGAUCAGCUUCCCUGCGGGCGCUGAGGUGCACGUGCUGGAAAAGGCGGAAAGCGGAUGGUGGUAUGUGAGAUUCGGGGAGCUGGAGGGAUGGGCCCCUUCCCACUAUUUGGUGCCGGAGGAGAACCAGCAAUCUGAUGCUGCUGGCAAAGAGCCAGACACAGUAAAAAGCGCCCAGAAUGAGGGCAAGUCGGACAGUCUGGAAAAGAUCGAGAAGCGGGUUCAAGCGUUGAACACUGUGAACCAGAGCAAGAGGGUCACCCCACCCAUCCCCUCGAAGCCUCCGGGGGGUUUCGGCAAGACCUCGGCCACUGUGGCGGUGAAGAUGAGGAACGGUGUGCGGCAGGUGGCAGUCAGGCCUCAGUCUGUGUUUGUGUCUCCACCACCCAAGGACAACAACGUGUCCUGUGCCCUGCGGAGGAAUGAGUCACUGACGGCCACUGACAGCCUUAGAGGUGUGCGCAGAAACUCCUCCUUUAGUACUGCACGCUCAGCAGCCGCGGAGGCCAAGGGCCGCUUGGCAGAGCGGGCUGCCAGCCAGGGCUCAGAAUCACCCCUGCUGCCUACCCAGCGCAACGGCAUCCCCGUCUCCCCCGUGCGUCCUAAGCCCAUUGAGAAGUCUCAGUUCAUCCACAAUGACCUCAAAGAUGUGUACAUCUCUAUUGCAGACUAUGAGGGGGAUGAGGAGACAGCUGGCUUCCAAGAGGGGGUGUCCAUGGAGGUGCUGGAGAGGAAUCCCAAUGGCUGGUGGUACUGUCAGAUCCUGGAUGAGGUGAAGCCCUUCAAGGGCUGGGUACCCUCCAACUACCUUGAGAAGAAGAACUAACAGCACCGGGUCCUUCCAGACUCAGUGUGCUGCUUUGGCUGCCGUUGGAUGGAUGGUGGCAUGCAGACAAGGGGAAAGACAAUGGGAGGGGGGAGGGAGAU